GAUCUAUUGAUUGCAAGUUGUAUCGGGGGAAGGAAAAACUUGUUUUUAAGAAAAUUAUAUAUAAAAAAAAAGAGUGACAGACAUUCAUCGGGGCGUAGAGUGAUCAUGAAUUUACUAGCGUCAUGCACAACCUCAUGAAGGCUAGGAGGAGAGGCAUGCUGCUUUGCCUAAGGGGGCUGUGACUCUGUGCUUGGAUGCUUGCAGAGCUUAGUGGCAAGCAGUGACUGCCUCAAGUGCAGAGGAGAAUGGGAAGUGCCUCGUCCAAGUUCAAGAAAUAUCUUCAACAUGGCGACGAAUUUGCAGCUAUGCAGGUGUUCCAGAGUUCUCCUGAAUUACGGUCCAACCUUGAUCCCAACGCAAGUUACGGAGAAUCUCAUGGUCACAACACUCCAUUGCACUAUGCAGCCAAGCAUGGAAUGAAACAUUUAUUAAGGACCUUUUUAUGUGAUCUUGGGGGGAAUCCAAAUAAGAAAAAUGCUGAAGACGAGAGUUCAGUCCAUUGUGUAUGCCGUGUUGGGCAGGCCAAGUCACCAUCAGCUGAGGAGAGAAGAGCAGCGUGUGUUGUUAUGAUCCUUCAGUGGAGAGGACCUGUCUUGCAAGAUGGGGAGAAGGAAAGAGCGCAGUUAAAUGCCCAGGACAAGAAAGGCAAUACGGCCCUCCACUAUGCAUCAGCUUCAGGACUCCGGAAGUGCGUGGAGCUGCUUGUGGCUCAGGGGGCGGGGCUUUUUAUAGAGAACCGCGACCGGUUAACGCCUUGUGAUCUGGCUGUUAAAUCCACACAUCAUGACGUGGCUACGUUUUUGGAGUCCCGCAUGGUGUUUGCUGACAGCAGUGAUGGCAUCAACGAGGGGGAGGUGGUGGGUACUGAGGUAGAGACAGACUGUGACAGUGAAGUCUACUCAGGCCUCCGAGCCCAGGACCUGCAGGAGGCAAAGGAUCAACUGCUUGUGGAGACGGCCGACAUGCUCCACAUUCCUCUCUUUACUGCCGAGGCUCUUCUCAGGGAUAAUGAAUGGUCCAAGGCAUUGCUCUUGGAGAAGUGGAUGACAAAUGCCGUUCAGUGUUGCGAGGCAGCGGGGAUUGCACCGCCUGCCUCGGCUCUCCAGCUAGUGGCCCCAACGCCUCCUAUGAUGACACCCUCCCCACCCAGUUCUGUGAUCACACCUCCACCUCCUCCUCACAUCCCCGGGGAGAGCAUGGAGGAAGAGGAUCUCGGGGAAGGGAGCGUGGAAAAUAUGUGCUAUCCACAGUGCGACAUCUGCUUGGGAGAGAUGAGAAUAUGGGAGCUCGGGGAACACGUGGGAACAAGCUGCGAGCACCAGUUUUGUGCAACGUGCUGGGAAAGGUACCUGACACUCAAGAUCCAAGAGGGCGGUGCACAUCACAUCCUCUGUCCGGCCGUCCGGUGCAACAUUCUAGUAGAUGUGGAUUUCAUUGAGAAGAUGGUUAGUCCAGAGAUGGCGAGAAAAUAUUUGCAGUUUGACAUUCAGGCUUUUGUUGAGAAAAACAAGACAAUCAAAUGGUGCCCUCAGCCUGGAUGUGGAAGAGCUGUCAAGUUUCCAGAGGCAGAGCUUGAAACACAACCUUUCUUCUUCCCAAACACAAAACCACCUCCAAAAACUUCCCAUGCUGUGGACUGCGGCAAUGGGCAUUUUUUCUGCUGGGAGUGUCUUGGCGAAGCACACUCUCCAUCAGGGUGCGAACAGUGGAUUGAAUGGCAAAGCAAAGUUGCUGAGGUGAAGCCAGAAGAGCUGCGCAUCAACUCGGGAGAGACGGAAGAUGCGGCGAACUUCCUUUGGCUUGUCACCAAUUCCAAGCCGUGCCCCAACUGUAAAAGCCCCAUCCAGAAGAAUGAGGGCUGUAAUCAUAUGAAGUGUUCUAAAUGCAAGUUUGAUUUUUGUUGGGUCUGUCUCGAGAGCUGGAAAAAACACUCAUCGGCAACAGGGGGAUACUUCCGGUGCAACAGAUUUGAUGCGGCAAAUAAGGCCGAUGAGAAGCUCGGAGUUUUAAUGUCAGAGGCAACUGUUCGGAAUCAUCAAAUGCAGGAACUCAAUAGAUUUAUACAUUAUUACACACGCUUUAAAAAUCACCAAAAUUCACUCAAAAUGGAAGAGCCACUAUUAAAAACUGCUAGAGAUAAGAUGGAGGUUCUUGCAACCUCCUUACCAUCACAGGAACAACAAGGACAAGCAUCUGUGGAGAAAGGGACCAGGUUUGUGGAGGAAGGUGUUAAAGAAUUAUUAAAGGCACGGAGAGUCCUCUGUGGUUCCUAUGUGUAUGGAUAUUACCUAGAAGAUAAUGGCUAUAACAAGACCAUCUUUGAGUACAUGCAGAACGAAUUAGAAGAGGUGACAGAGAAACUAUCAGAAAUGGUAGCGCGUCAGUACCUCGUAACGCCUAGAGGACAGAUUAUCGCAACAACUCUGCUCACUCGGAGACGAAGGCACAAAUUUGUAAGAGCUGUGAGCAGAGGUCUCUUACCCCCAGAAACACCCCCCUCAUUGCGCAAAUCACGGAAGAGGAGAUUGCCGGGCCUCAUGGGGAUGGAUCCAGCGGAUGACGGACAGCUUAUGGAGAAUGUAGAGGUGAUGGGGCGGGCACUAGACCCUGCUCAGCCAUGGGUUAAAGAUUCUCGUGGUCGGCACACCAACCUGGCAGCUCUCCUGGACUGGCCCGAUCUAGAUAUUGAUGAAGAGGAAAGUAGCUCAAACCAAGAACUCACAUUGACGUUGCUUGGGAAGUGCAACAGAAAAUCCUGUCCUCGCCCUCGCGCCCGCAACCCUCGAACCGGAACCAUUCAUGACUACUGCUCUCUGCGGUGUGCACAGCAGGCAAAAUACCUUCCGGAACCAGGUGAAGGUGAGACUUCCUCAUGGGAAGGCUGUGACUCGAGCAUGGAGCUCCUCAUUGCCCUGGAGAUGUCGAGACUCCAGAUGAUUGAAGACGAGGCAAGAAGAAGACUGUCAUGGCUGCAAGAGCACUCUCGGGAACACGGCUGGGAUGGAACAGGGGACGCCAGGCCUGUCCAAGGCUGCAGUGCUAGCCUUCCUGGAGCAACUCUUGCGGGGAAUAUCCUUGGAUAUGAGGCUGCCUAUGUUGCAAGUCGGGUUGCGGGUCGAGACGAAGCCUCUGCAUGGCCUGGGGCGGAUGGGGUGGAAGGAGCAGCUUCAUGCCAACCCACCAGUGCAGAGAUUGCUGUGGAUUAUUUCUUGAAGAAGCUUGCUAAUAAGGAGAUAAGCUUAAGAAACCUUAAUGUUGACAAGGAAUGGGACAACAAAACAGAGAAAGAUCUGUUGUGCUUCCCCAAAGCUCCCAAUGAAGUAGAAGAUGGCCAUUUUGAGUAUGGCGAUCUGCACGAAAAUGGACACUUGCUGAUCCCGGGUCCUUCCCUGGACGGCAGAAGGGACCUCCGAAGAUCUCAGUCCUUGGGGGAUCUGAAGAAUUCAGAGGAGCCAGAGUGCAUGAUUGAUUCUGAUCAUGUGCAUCAGGAUCAUCCCGAGGAGACGGCGAGGCUAAGGCUGUCCAAACCAAAGCAGGACAGCUUGGACAUGGAGUCGGAGAGCGGUGACAUCGAAAACACUGAUCCUGGGGCAGCCUCUGAAAUCAUAGGAGACAUGGACUCCCCCUUGAUGGAUCUUGAGGUGCGGGGCAUCUUGAGCCAUCUGGACAAUCCUGUGGAUCCGCACUGCAGCAUGAGUGUUACUAGCCUCAAUCACGAUUCUGUGUUCCAGCAACACGAGCCGUCUUUUCAGUUGGUUGUAGAUGAAGGAACAGAUAAAGAUGAAAGUAACUCCACUGAGCAGAGUAGUAGUGCCCCGUCGAAAGUGAAAAGCCUUAGAAUUCACAUUUCUCAUUCCUCUAAGCUAGAAAAUCAGAGUUCAAAUGAGUAUGAAUCGGAAACUGGUAUACCAAAUUCACCCACAUUGUACAUAAGUGGUGUUUCCAUUUGCCGUUCCCCUGAGCCGCGGUCGCCCAAAGUUCAGCACCGAGAGACACGUUCUCCAAGCUUAACGCUUCCUCUAUGCUGCACACCCGAACCUAGAUCGCGCGGGGAGGCGAGGCUGGACAUUUCGCCCCUGCCGAUCUAUAGUCGUUCUCGUUCUUCGUCCCUUGUGGUUCCAAGCUCAGCCACUCUUUCCUCGAGAGUCUCGGCACGGACAACUGGCACGUGUCUCCAUCUCUCCUCCUUAUCCCUCCAAGCCACCAGAGCCACGUCACCCUUCCUCCUGGGUGAGUUGCGCGUCUCAAGGUCGGCAUCUGAGCCCGAGAAGGGUCGCUUAGUGUUCCAGUUUCCUAAGUCCCCAACUGAUGGUGCCCUCAGCUCUGUCUUGCAUGUUGAAGAAUCAAACUUAAGUUCCGAUGACUUCCAUGAAGCUUUGUUUCUCGGCAAAUCGCCCAAACCCAACAAAAGAAAAAAGUCAAAGAAAGAGAGAAACAAAGAUGCCAAGGAUAGGAGUAAAAGUGAGAAAGAGAGCAAAGAAAGAAAUAAAGAUGUGAAACAGAAAGAAAAAAGUAAAGAGAACGGGAAAGAGACCAAAGAGAGGAAGGAAUGUAAAGAUAAGAGGAAAGUGAAGGAGUUGACUUCAGCCGUAUGAUCGUUUCUUGAAGUUUGAAUUUUCACGGUUGUCCUGAAACGCUUGUAGAAUCUCUAUGGAAAUCUAAUAUUAAGGGUGGGAUUGAUGCACUUACUGUUACAAAUAUUUUCACUUUUUUAUUAUCAUUCAUAUUAUUUUCGGGGGUUAUAUUAUUUUUAUAUAUAUAUAUAUGAAUGAAUAGUAUCAAUGAUAUUGGGACUAAAUAGAUUGAUUUGUAAUUUGGGUUUCACGUGGUAUAUCAUUUUCAUUUUCAUUCCUUUUACCAGGAUUAUAGUUUAUUGAAAAAAGGAAAAAAAAAAUGUAAAAGAAAAAAAAAGGUUCUAAAAUUAAAGCUUUCAUUACUUUUAUAUACAAUGGGAUCUUACAUGUACUGUCAAAUGUCAUGUUCCAUACAGAUUUUUCCUCCCUACCUGUGAUAAUGUAGUCAUGAUUAGAUGUCAUGUUUUUUUUAGAUACUGUUGCUUUGGAUGUCAUUCAUUUCCUUUUAAUAACUUUGUCUGUGAUCAUUUUUCUUUCACCUUUUUGAAGUACAGUAGAAAGUAGACUGCCAUUCCUGGCCAGAAUCAUGUAUUUGAAGGCGCAUAGGUAAUUUUGAUGAUAAAGUUAAAAUGCCUUUUUGUCAGAAUUAAAUAGAAUUGUCCAAAUGAAUGUAGAUAGGAUUUUGUAUUGUUUAUAAAGAAGAAAAACUUUUAAGGGCUUUAAUGUAAAAAAAAGUACUGUGAUUUUGUAUGGCUGAAACUAUGUUUGGUAAGUGAGAUUUUUGCCAGGCAGUCGGAUAGUAUUCCCACCCCUGUAUGCAGUUAGUAAGCCGUAGGAUUCAUCCAAUAUAUCAAUCCAUAGAUGCCAUUUAGCAGUCAGUUGGUAGAAGCCAUUUCAUUCUAUAGACGCAGAUGAUACAUGUUUUGACAGAAUUAGUAUAUACAUCUAUACAGUCAGUCAGUCUGUGCAGUCUUUUACAAUCAGAAUCAGGUGAUUAUCACCAAAACAGACAACUAAUUAACAGAAAUGUGUUAAAAGUUAAAUCUGUAAAAAGGAAACCCUUAAAACUGUCAAUUAAAAAAAAGAAAAAAAAAAAGACAAAUCAAUUGGUAGAUAAUACAAAUUUGUUAAAUGUUUAAUGUAGCAACUUAAUCAGUGUUCCAUACUCUAGAUAGUAUUAAACUCAACCAAUCAUGUACAGAACUGUCCCUGACUGCCAACGUCUUGGGUAUCAGCACUCGUGUUGGUGAGGUCGGUAUAUUAGGCCUCGGAUAGGGAUUUACUCCACUAUUUUGUGUCAUUUUUUAUGUUUGCCAUAACUUUUAAGACAUUUGUAAACCAUAUCUGAAGCUUCAUGUGCCUAACCUUAUCACUGUUAAUACCAGGGUCCUGGGAAACACAGUUUAUCAGCUUCAUAGUGUUCACUAGAUCGCACAGUUACGGUACCUUAGAGGCAGCUAUAUGCCUUGGCAUUGAGUGUUGGCGAUGUGUAUGUUGAUGAGUUCCUUGGUAUAACACUCACUAACUCAAUUUGUUAUUCUGUAAUAUUUUGUGAUAGUUUCAUAAGGCAGUUAGCUACCUCAACUGUCUAAAGAGUGUUAUAUCAAGGCCCUUUUGUAAAUGUUUCACUAAAACCUUGUAAUUAUGAACAUACUCAUAGCUGUGGAGUAUGUCUAUGUGUUCAGCAUAUGUGUGGGUAUAUGAUUAACACUAGUGUUCUUACAGUUUGCCUUCCUCUGGACUUUCUGCUGACUUCACCACAGUUGAAUGAAUGUUUCUUACUAGUCAGAGAGAAAUGUUGAUCUUGUAAAGACAAGCCCUCCUUGUAAGAUGUUAGAUGCUUUUUGCCUCUCAUUUCUAGACAUUUCUUUAUAUGGUUAAUAGGAUUUCAAAUGUUUAAACUAUACAGCACAUGUUUUCUUGUUGUAUACUGCAGAUUUUACCUACAAAGUGGCAACA